GUCUCUUUUUUCUACUCAUCCCACUCACCAAUUCAAAGACAUCUUCAGAUCUUCCAACCCAUUCUCUCAUUCAUUUCUUCAGAGCUGUGCUCGCUGUUCGCUUCACUCUUUACAUACACUCAUUAGAACUUUCGAGCUGUGCUCAUAUUAUCUAAUAUUUUAAUACCCAAAACACUCCCUACACUUAUUCAAAAUGAAGUUCUCCACCAUCUUCGUCGGUGCUCUUGCCGCUGUUGCCUCCGCUGCUCCUACCAGCACCGCUACCGAGAAGCGCGCUUCAGUCGACAUCGCCGCCUUCAACAACUUCGGCUUCGCCAACCAGGACCUCCAGUACCUGCUCGCCAUCAACGGCUUCAACCUCCAGGCUUUCGCUCAGCUUGCCGCCUUCAACAACCUUAACAUCGGCGGCUUCCAGAGCCUGUUCUCCAACAACGUCUUUGACGUCAACGCUCUGCUCCAGCUACAACAGAUUGCCCUUCUGUCCCAGCUUGGUGGCCUCGGCAUCUUCGGUAACUUCGACCUUGGCGCUCUUCAGCUCAACGUCUUUGACCUUGGUCUCAUUGGUGGUGUCGGUGGCUUCGAUAUCAGCUCCAUCAUCGACCAGGCCCUGGUUCCUCAAAUCCAGACCGUCAUCCAGCAGACACAAAUAAGCGCUGUCGUCCUCAAGGAAUAAAUGGGCUGUGACAUCAUGGAACACAUCUCAUCCCAUUACUCCUAAUGGAGUGAGAGUCUACCUUAUGAGUCUACAGACAGACAGCGAGGGGAAGUCACGAGAAGGAGCGAAGUGGAUAUAUCCAUGACUUUUAUUUGUUUUCUUUAAUGUAAGCUGCCGUUGUUCCUUACCGGCCAGAUAAUAUCACGGAUCAGUGGGCUUCAUUUUUCAAAUAUUCUACCUGCAUUGACAGAGAAUGCUACGCGGAAAAGCCGGGUGGGGGUCUUCGGUGGUCAGAGCGAAUGAGAGAACACACAGCAUAGCAAGGGUAGAGUGAAUGAGAAGUGGGAUUCAUUGGGUUUUCUGAGAUGAUUCUUCUUAAGUUUAUUGCUCAUUGAAGUGAUCCAUGUGAAUGAUUUGAAAUCCUCUGAUAAUAAUACUUACAAUUCCUCAGCAAUUUUUGAAUUCAACU